AUGCCUGUAGCUGUACCCAAGACUACCGACUUCGAGAUCCUAGGACUGACAGCAAAUCCGACAGAAGCAGAUCUCAGGGCAGCAUACAAAACACUUGCUCUGAAAUGGCACCCUGACCGCCAUGUCACUGACAAAGAAGAAGCCCAAAUGAAGUUCGUCGAAAUCAACGAAGCCUAUCGGACGUUGUUGAAGCACCUUGAGAACCAGAGAAAAGAUGGAAGGCGAAGAGAGCACACCGACAGCCAGUCGUCUCGGUGGUUCACAUCAUCGGCACACGCGUCGUCUUCAGCCUCCAGCGCGUCCGGAAUGUCGUCGAGUUCAGAAGAAGAUCUCAACAGACCGCAUGGAGAUGAUCGACGGCCUCAAUACACUUCUCAUCACUCGUCACCUCGUCGUGCACGAGUUUCUCCUCAAAGCAAGAAACAUCCAUCUCAGUGUUCAUAUGCACACUCGCAUGGCUAUGAGUCAGACGAAUGGUCAGACGACGACGACUUUGUCAAAAUGAAGUUCGCCGCUUUCUCCGACGCUUCGAAGCUGCGCAAAAAUAAUCACAAGGCUCACAUCGUGGGCGAUCCGAUCAACCCUCUCCGAUCGCCCGCUUCAAAGGGCAAUCUCGCCCAGGACUGGAUAUUUCCUCUGCAGGUCACGCUGGAUGAUCUGUACUUCGGCGCCAGACACCACUAUCGCAUCACUCGAACGCUGUGGUCUGGUAAAAACGAGACCGUGCGUAUCGACGUUGACGUUCUUGCGGGCUGGCAGAAAGGGAAGCAGAUCCGCGUGCCAGGCGGUGGCAAUGAACGCAAGGACGGGUCGUUCCAGGAUAUCGUGUUCAUAAUUGAAGAAGCACCUCAUCCGCGGUAUAGGAGAGUAGAAGACGAUCUUGUCUACACUAUUCAAGUACCUUGGGUGGAUUUCCACUCGCGACCAUGCAGAGACACUGGAAACGACUCAGAAUACAGUGACUCAGGAACCGAGGAGCAGGAAAUACUCGUGCAGGGAAUGAACGGUGAAGAGUUCGCACUCCCGUUACCUCGCACACUCGUCGAAGGUGCAGAUGGGACACGCCUCAUCGGUGCUGGCAUGCCCAUCCGAGAAAGGGAAAAAGUUGUCGGAAAGGGGGACCUAUUGGUCAAGUGGGAAUUCAUUUUCCCUGAGACCGAAAAGGCUCAGCUUUCACGCUGGCAAAAUCUCAAAAAGGCUAUGCAUUGGAGGUUCUGA